AUGGCUUCCAACAACACAACAUCGCCAGACACUCAGGUCACCCUGAAGAUCAACUUUGAGGGAAUGACCCGCCGCCACAAGCUGCCUCUGCGAGAUAUGGGACCCAGCACCCUCGAAGAGAGAGUUCGCGCUCUUCUGGCUGUCACCCAGGACGAUAAUGUAGUUCUCGAGAGAUACUCUGACUCGGCUGGUUCGUACAUCACCCUCGACAAGUCAAACGUCUCAGUCUACAAGCAACUCUACCGCGCCGCCAAGGCCAAGCAAAAGCUCAAGCUCCGUGUCACCAAGCUCGUUGAGGAGAAGAUGGCCCCUAGGCCAGUGUCCGUUGAGGAUGUUCCCGAGUCCAGCACCCCGAUCGUCCCACCCAAGGUUGAGGAGCAGCCCCCAGUUCAGCCACUGGUCGACUUGCAGCAGUCUGAUGUUGAGCCCAAGAAGGAGCUGCCCACUAGUGACACCGGUCUUGACUUUGAGGCCUCUAUUCUCGCUUCAUUGUUGAGGAGACACGCCAAGAUCAACGACGAGGAGGCACCAGCAAUCCCGGAUAUCCCCGUUUCCGAGGGCAUCACCGCCCGCGAUCAGUGGUUUGCAAACGCUUCUGGCGCCGAGACUACGCCCGCUAGAUCAUCAUGGGGACGCUGCCCUGCUCUCACGCACCCCAACACCAACUUCGCAGUCUGCUGCAACAGCUGCGACCAGACAGUUCCUGAUGCUCACUACCACUGCUCAACAUGCGACGACGGCGACUUUGACCUUUGCCAAGACUGCGUUGACCAGGGCAUCACCUGCUACGGUGCCGACCACUGGCUCAUCAAGCGUAUCGUGAAGAACGGCCAAAUUAUCAACAGCACAACGGAGACCAUCGCUCCCAAGAUCAAGAGCAAGGCCAAGGAUGCUACCAAGGAAGUCAAGGAACCCAUCAAGGUUUCAGUCCAGCAACUGCUGCCCGAGAGAAUUCUCCCCGUCUUCAGCAAUGCCAUGUACAACAUGCGCACUUGCAACUGCUGCGUGACCGAGCUUCCUGAGGCCAGCUUCCUCCACUGCACCUCUUGCGAGGACUUCGACCUGUGCCACGCUUGCUUCGAGAAGGAUUCUCACGGCCACAACCCGAAGCACCCCUUCGUGCCUGCUGUCGAGGGCGCCCACGUCCCCAGCCACAUCCAGAUCAAGUUGUCUCCUGGCCGCAACCAGAGCCACAACGCUAUUUGCGACGGCUGCGACAAGUACAUUGCUGGUGUCCGUCACAAGUGCCUCGACUGCCCUGAUUGGGACUAUUGCGCUGACUGCAUCGUGAACUCCAAAUUCGUUCACCCCAACCACCGCUUCGUUCCCAUCUACGAGCCUCUCGAGGAGGUUCGUAGCCGCGCUGUCAGCCGCUCUGUCCACUUUGGCAUCUGCUGUGACGGUCCCCUGUGCGCUCGCGCUCACAACGCGCCCACCUAUAUCACCGGUGUUCGCUACAAGUGCACCGUGUGCCACGACACCGACUUCUGUGCUAACUGCGAGGCUAGCCCGGCUAACACCCACAACAAGACUCACCCUCUGGUCAAGUUUAAGACGCCUGUCCGCCAUGUCACUGUUACUACCACUGGCGAGCGCGGCGAUGGUCAGCGUAUGCACCAGAUGGGCGACCGUAACAUCCGCCGCACCAGCUCCCGCUCCACCGAGACUACUGCCAACGCAUCCAUCAACACUGUCCAGACUGUUGUUGAUGUGAAGCCUACGGAGCCUACCGUCAAGGAGGAGGUCGUCGAGAAGACGCCAGAGCCCGUGGUAGAAGUAAAGAAGGAGCCUGAGAUCAAGAAGGAAGUCAUCGAGGAGAAGCCAGUGGCCCCCGUUGCUGAGAAGCCUAUCACCGAGCAAGAUCUCGCGGCUGUCUUCGUUCGCGACACCGUCGCUGAUGGCACCAUCCUGCCGCCUAACCAUGUCUUCGAGCAGACUUGGGUCCUUCGCAACGACGGCGAGGUUGCCUGGCCUGCCGGAUGCUCUGUCAAGUUUGUUGGCGGAGACUACAUGGGCCAUGUCGACUCUAACCACCCUGCCGGUAUUUCCGAGCUCGUUUCUGCCUCUGAGUCUACUGUCUGCUACGCACCUCUUGCACCGGGUCAGGAAUUUGCUUUCAACGUUCUCCUCCGCACUCCUGCGCGCGAGGGUAAGAUCAUCUCUUACUGGCGUCUGACCACCAAGGACGGUCUCAAGUUUGGUCACAGACUUUGGUGCGAUGUUAGCGUUCAGGCCCCCAAGCCCGUCGUUGAAGAGCCCAAGGACGUCCCUGUCGAGAUGCAGAGCAGCAACAUGAUUUUCCCCAAGUUGGAGAAGGAAUCACCGAUUUCUAGCAUCCACGAGGAGAUCAAGUCUGAGGCUGCCCCUGCCACUAGCUCUGAGGCAGAGGAGUUUGAGGACUGCGGUGAGGAUGAGGAGUGGGACGCCUCAGACGACGGCUUCAUGACCGAUGAGGAGUACGAUAUUCUGGACGCUUCCGACGAGGAGUUCCUUGAGGAGCAGCAGAGGCGGCUGAGGAAGUAG